AGCAAUCGCAACUUCUCGUACAAUUCCGUCAAAGCUCGGAAUCAUAUCUCGAACGUAGGCCGGCGCAGUGAUAUGUUGUGAAUGUCAACAUUUCCUUCGCCGGAUGUAACUGGUUCACUCGGUCCGAGAUACUUCCGCAAAACAACAUGGCUGAUUUUUCCACGUGUUUGGAGUUCGCAAAAGCGAAACUGAAACUAGAUUACGAUCUGAAGGAUAAACAGAUAGAUACACUCAGAAACGUGUUUAUCGGGUCAGAUUGCGUGUCUGUACUUCCCACGGGCUAUGGGAAAAGCGUCAUCUUUCAGUUGUUGCCGUUUUUGUUGCAACGGAAACGUCAACUGCAAACACCAGCGAUCGUUAUAGUUGUAACCCCUUUAAGCUCCAUCAUGGAAGAUCAGGUGUACAGUUUAAGAGACAAGGGUAUCAAAGCAUGCUUUUUAAAUAUUGAUGGAAAACAUGCGUCUACAUACACUGAUGACAAAGUUAGUGAUGACGAUGAUGAUGAUGACGAUGAUUCAUGUGAUAUAAAGUUGCCUAAGUCUGUGUCGAUGAAUGACAUCAAGAGAGGAAAUUAUAAUUUGAUAUACGCACAUCCGGAGACGUUAAUCAAUAGUAAGACAUGUUCCUCUAUUCUCCGAUCUUCCGUGUACCAGGCAAACGUGGGGGCAGUUGUAAUCGACGAGGUACAUAUGAUUACAGAAUGGGGAGAGAAUUUCAGACCCGCUUUUAAAAAACUGGGUGAAACAACAUGCAUUUUCCCAGAGGCUGCACACCUGGCACUUACCGCCACAGCAACACCAAAGAAAAUAAACGAACUAUGUAAAAUAUUACAAUACCAGCAGCCUCAGGUGGUCACUGUCAAUCCCGACAGACCAAACAUCUUUUUAAAUAUUGAAAGGCUACCAAAUCUCCACAAAUUUGAAAAAUUGGACAAAAUAAUUGAACCUAUUGCCGACGGACUGAAGACUCAAUUAGGAAUCUUUCCUGUAACAAUUGUGUAUAUGGAGAGCUUAGAAGCUCUCAGUUACUGUUAUCAGUAUAUAUCGUACUGCCUUCAGGAGUUACAAUACAGUGGUGAACAACUUCCUGAGAACCGGAUCUUCGGUCAGUACCACAAAGACUACACUGACGAUAUGAAAAGACACAUAGUCACUGAACUUACAAAGGAAAAUCCUAAAAUUAGACUCGUUCUGGCCACAGUUGCAUUAGGUAUGGGUUUAAAUGCACCGUCAAUAUCACAGAUCAUUCACUGUAGACCACCAACUACCAUUGAAUGCUAUAUGCAGGAAAUCGGCCGUGCUGGGAGAAAUGGUCAGCCAGCUAGUGCCCUUCUUUACUACAACAACAGUGACAUUUCAAAGGCUCGAAAAGGCAUGUCUGACGAAAUGAUAAACUAUUGCAAAAAUGAAACCUCAUGUUCUCGUACAUUUUUGGUGCAGUAUUUUGGGUUUGAACAAGUGCUUUUCAACAAAUCACCUGUUGAAUGUUGUUCAAACUGUAAAAAGCUGAUAUGGGACUGAAUAGCAGCUGAACACUUC